AUGGUUCCUGCAGCCUGCGGCCUUCUGGACGACAGCGAGGCGCGUGCUGAGGCGCGGUCGUGGCAGCACACUCAACAUAACCGCCACGCACAACAACAUCCGCCAGGCCACGCACAACACUUACAGCAACAACCCCAAGCGCGGCCUCCGAGCAUAGUGCACCAGCAACACCACCCCCAUCACUCGCAAACGCCACCGCAACAGCAGCAGCACCAGGCGCCAUACGCCCCCGUGUAUCAGCAGCAGCCACAGCCAAGCAGUGGCCAGCAGCACGCACAGGACAUCUACAACUACCAAUCCAGCCCGUACAACGCGCCCGCUCCGACAGGCGGGUAUACCUCUGCAGAGAUGAUGGCCGCCACGAUGUCCAGGCCUACCUAUCCGCCCAUGUCGUCGUACCACACGCCGCAGUCGAACUCGCCCGCGUCGGUGGGAUCGACCGGCGGCCACGACCAGCAGCGGAGCAUGUACGGCCAGCCACCGCCGCAGCUUCACCAGCAGUCGAUGUACUACGGACAGCAGCAGUACCAGCCGCUGCCGCCGGCGUCUGCUUCUCCGUACGGCCAGCACGGGCCGCCGCCACACCAGCCGAUGGGCUCGCAGCCGAGUAUGAUGAUGUCCCACGGCGCGCCGUCGCCAGUACAGCACCAGAUGGCACAGCAUGCGAGCCAGCACAGCCCGGCGUCGGCCAUGGCCGGCAGUCCGCGUCACGCGAAGAUGGAGGUGCAGAGCCUGACGCCGCAGCUCUCGCGCCAGGCACCGCCGGCAGCACCAUCACCGCUAUCGAUGGGCCAGGUGCAGGCCGCCCAGAGCAUGCAGGCCCAAGGGAUGCAAGCACACCAGCAGCAAGGCAUGCAAGCCCAGCAGAGCCUGCCGCAACACCCACAACACCCACAGCACCAGCAGCAUCCUCAGCAUCCCCAACACCCACAACAUCCUCAGCAUCCCCAGCACCAGCAGCACCCACAGCACCCGCAACAUCCGCAACACGCCCAGCACCCACAGCAUCCGCAACACCCGCAGUCCAACGGGGCCAGCCCGCUGCCCCAGGCCGGUGGUGCAGGCAGCUCGGUGGUCAACCCAAACGCAGCGCCGGGGCCGAUUCCAGCAACGACGCCGUUGGUAGUGCGGCAAGACCAAAAUGGAGUGCAGUGGAUCGCGUUUGAGUACUCGCGCGACCGGGUCAAGAUGGAGUACACGAUUCGGUGUGACGUCGAGUCGGUGUCGACGGAGGAGCUGUCGUCCGAGUUCAAGCAGGAGAACUGUGUGUACCCGCGGGCAUGCUGUCCGCGGGAGCAGUACCGGGGCAACCGGCUACAGUAUGAGAGCGAGUGCAACACGGUAGGCUGGGCGCUGGCACAGCUGAAUCCACCGCUGCGCGGCAAGCGAGGCCUGAUCCAGCGGGCCGUCGACAGCUGGCGGAACAGCAACCAAGAUCCGCGACUGCGCAGCCGUCGGGUGCGGCGGAUGGCCAAGAUGGGCACACGCAAGGCCGUCAGCGCCGGCACAACCGCCCCGGGACUUGCACAGUCGCCGGCGCAUCUCGGUGGCGUGGCCACGCUGUCCGGGGCGGCCACGCCGCUCACGAAGCCUAUGCCGGGCUUGCCUCCGCAGCUUCAUCACCACGACGGAAGUGCCCAUGCGGGCGGUGACGAAGUCGACGGUAGCGGGGAGUCGUUUGUCGACGACAGCCAGCACCAGCACCAGCACCGGCCGUCUUCACUUGGCAGCACCGGGCUGGCACCGAUCGCAGCCACGGUCCCAGAUGUCCGGCCGGCCCACGUCUUCAGCUCCUACGACGGAUACCACAGCGGGACACCCAACGUGCUGCCGGCCAUACCGGCGCCUGUGGCCAUCUCUCAUGGCUCCGUGGGCAUCGGACAGGCUAGCACCAAGAAGAAGGUGCCAUCACCAGACGGACUCUUCCCCGACCUGGCCGAGGCCAAGAAGCGCAAGUUUGUGUUGGUGGAGGAUCGCGGCUCGCGGCUGCGCGUGCGCGUCACGCUCAACAUAGUGGACACGAGCGAGAUCCCGGACUCGUUCCGCCGGUCCAACGCGGUGUUUCCGGGGUCUUUCUUUCCGAUCGAGAUGGAGAGCCCGCCACCGAGUCCGACGGGCCGGUGCUUCUUUCCGGGUGACGUCGACGACUACGACGGCGAUGAGGUCGAAGCCUAUGACGGCAAUGCGGCCGACCGCGGCCGACGACGGCCACAGCCCCGGCGCGUCGUGGCCAGCGCGACCACGAUGGCCUCGGUGCCGGUUGAGGACGGCGUGGAGGCCGAGCUGGAGGUGCCGCGCAUGCGCAAGGGCCUGCGGCGGAAACAAGUGCGGCUCAACGACCUGGGCUGCCGCAUGGCCUGGCUGCAGAGCCGGGCUUUUGCGGGGCGGCGCAUCUUUUUGCAAAAAGCCUUGGAUACGUACCGCACCAAGACGUGCAACAGCAUCGUGGCGGCCUCGCAGGUCGUCAGCGCCAUUGCGCCGCACUACGAGAUGCGGCUGGGCAAGAAGAAGUGGAUGUCGUGCGAGCGGGACAUGGAGCUGCGGCAGGCUGGCCGGAUCUCUCCCUGCCAGAAUGCGAGCCUUUGGAGGCUGCCGUUCUGCAACCUCUUCACAAGGCCGAAUGCAGCCGAGAUGAAGCAGCGAUUCUCUUCCCUCGACGUGCGGGCUAUCAGCCACGAACUGCACCACAGUCUUGCAGGGACGCGCGUGACAAAUGUCUACGACCUCGUGCCGCCGUCGUCAUCGGCAUCGUCGACCGCAGCCUCGACGUCCCGUGCCCUGCUUCUGCGCUUCUCACGCGGCCAGGACAAGUUCCAGCUGGUCGUCGACUCGGGCUUCCGCUGCCACCUGACAGCCUAUGAUGCGCGAGCUUCGGCAGCAUCCAAGGGCAGCAGUGCAGGCAGCGCACCGCACGCGCCUUCCGCGUUUGUAGCCCGGCUGCGCACCUUCCUCAACGGCCGGCACGUGACCGCAGUCCAGCAGGUCGGCACCGAUCGCAUCGUCGAGCUGCGCUUUAGCGACGGCCAGCUGCGCCUCUACCUCGAGUUCUUUGCGGCCGGCAACGUCGUGCUGACCAAUGCCGAAGCCAAGGUGCUCGCUCUCCAGCGCACCGUGGCCGCCUUCCGCAGUGCCAGCCUCGACGUCACCCUCAACGUCGGCAACCCCUAUGCGCUGGCCGCCAAGCAGAACGUCGCCGGCAUCACCCCGCUGACCGUUGAGGCUGUCAAAGCUGUGCUGCAGGCAGCCGUGGCCGCAGACGCUCCGGCGCCUCUGACGGCUGAGGCUGCCGCUUCCACUGCCACUGUCGUUUCGAAGAAGAAGAAGAAAAAGGAAAAGAGUGUCAGCCGCACGCUGGCGCUUGCCUUCACGGACUUGCCGCAGGUUCUGAUCGAUCAUGUGCUGCUGACCAGCGGCUUCGAGACCACAGAGACGGCCGGCCUCACAAAGGCUGCCGCUAUCCUGGCCGACGACGUCCGUCUCGACGCUCUCUUCCGCGCGCUGCAGGAGACCCGGACGCUUUCGGAUGGACUGACAGCGACGGGACCAACCUGCCAGAGCUACAUCGUUGCCACCAAGGAGUCGGCAGACACAGACGCCAGUGCAGCAACGACAGAAGAGGGCGGCAGUGCCAUCCCAGUCCCCGCAUCAACGAAGCUGGACUACGUCGACUUCCAUCCGUUCAAGCCGCGCCAGUUCGAGGCCGAUCCGAAGUGCGUGCUCCUGCCGUUCGACAGCUUCAACAAGGCCGCAGACGAAUUCUACUCGCACCUGCAGGGCCUCAAGGCCGACCGCCAGCUCCACCAACAGGAGUCGGUUGCAUUCAAGAAACUCGAGGCCACCAGGCGCGACCAGGCCAUGCGCAUCGAGAGCCUGCAGGAGACGCAGCAGCUCAACACGCGCAAGGCAGCUGCAAUCGAGGCCAACCAGGAGUGGGUGCAGGCAGCGAUCGACGCGGUCAACGACCAGCUGCAUGUCGGCACGGACUGGGAGGACCUGGCGCACCUGAUUGAGAACAGCGCCGACAGCAACCCGGUUGCGGCUCUGAUCAAGCUGCCCAUGAGGCUGGCCGACGGGAUCAUCACGCUGCAGCUCAGCGACGAGCCUGCGGCCGACUUUGACGAAGACUUUGACGAGGACGAAGAAGAAGCUGAGGAGGAGGAGCUGCUGGAUGUGAACGUGAAGCUGGCCCUGUCGGCCUGGGGCAACGCGCGCGAAUACUACGACCAGAAGCGAGUGGCAGCGUCCAAAGAGCAGAAGACUAAGGAAGUCACGUCAAUGGCGCUGCGCAACGCCGAGAAGAAGGUGGCCGAAGAGUUGAAGCGGGUGCAGAAAGGCGGCAAGCCGGCGCCGCAGCUCAUCCGCCGGCAACUGUGGUUCGAAAAGUUUCUCUGGUUUGUCUCGUCGGACGGCCACCUCGUCAUCGCCGCCAAGGAGUCACAGCAGUGCGAGCUGAUGUACCGGCGCCAUCUCCGCCGCGGCGACAUCUAUGUGCACGCCGACAUCCGCGGGUCCCCGGGAAUUAUUGUGGUGAAGAACCGGCCGGACGUCGGCGCUGAUGCGCCCAUUCCUCCCGGCACGCUCGCCCAGGCCGGCUGUCUGGCCGUGUGCGCCUCGGAGGCGUGGGACAACAAGGCAGGCUUUGGCGCGUACUGGGUUCACGCAAAUCAGGUGUUUAAGACCACUGCGAGCGGCGACGUCCUUCCGCUCGGCUCGUUCGACAUCCGCGGUGAGAAGAACCAUCUGCCUCCGCCGCAGCGCGUCCUGGGCUUCGGCCUGCUCUUCCAGAUCAGUAAUGCAAGGACGGCAGACUAUGCCGAGGUCGAAGUCGCAGGGGAGGAUGUGGCUGACGACGUGGAGAGCGACGGGCCAGAAAUUGACAGCUGCCCGGUAGAGGGGAAUGCGCAGGAGUCGGAGGUGAAAGACCAAGAAGAUCCAGUCAAAGAUGAGUCAGCCGAGAAGGAUGAGCAGACCGAGAAGGAUGAGCAGGACAAAGAGAUAGUCGAAGAGCCAGUCGACCUUGAACACGACGAUACCCAGUCUGUCUGGAAGGGCAAGGGAAAGGAACGACUCCGGUCUAGCUCACCAGUGCCGUCCUACACGUCCACAGCCCGAACCGGAGCUGCCGGAUCAGCCAAGCGCGGCCAGAAGGCCAAGGCCAAGAAGCUAGCCAAGUACAAGGACCAGGACGAAGAGGACAGAGCACAAGCAGAGCGGCUGAUUGGCAUUGCGGCUGGUCGCGAGAAGGCCGAGGCCAAGGCACGCGCCCAGGCCCAGCGAGCAGCCGAGCUGGCUGCAUAUGAGGAGCGCCGACGGGCGCAAAGAGAGCGACAGAUCCAGGCGACACGGGCCUUUGAAGAAGCCCGACAGGCGAAGCUGCUGGCUCUUGCUGAGGCUGGCGGAGACGAAGACGACGACGGUGACGGUGACGGUGACGGUGACGGUGACGGUGACGGUGACGGCAGCCUGGACACGAUCGACACGCUGGUUGGCCGGCCAGCUGUGGGCGACGAGAUUGUCGAAGUAGUGCCAGUGUGUGCGCCCUGGUCAGCUUUGGCGCAGCUCAAGUACAAGGUGAAGAUUCAGCCCGGCCAGACAAAGAAGGGCCGGGCCAUGCGCGAUGUUCUGGAGCGGUGGCGACAGGCCGGCGAGGCUGGACGCAACGGCAACAAGGGUAUCUUGGACGAGUCGAGUCAGGAUCCCGAGCGCAUGUGGCCGCGAGAGGUCGAGCUGAUCCGGGGGGUGAAGAUGGAGGAGGCGGCCAAUUGCGUGCCCGUCAGCAAGAUGACGCUGAUGCUGGCCGGUGGACUCGGAGCCGGAGGUGCCGGAGCAAAAAAGACCGGCAGCAAUAAGGCCGGACAGACGUCUGGCAAGAAAGGCGGCAGUAGAGGUGGGGGGAAAUCCAAGAAGUAG